AUGCAAGGGCAGGGCUUGGCUCCUUCCAUCUGCAGCUUGUCCCUGACCCCCACCCUGGCAGGACCUGCUGGUUGGUGGCCACCACCAGGAAGUACCACACGUGCUCCUGCCUGCCCCAAGCUGGGAAAAAUCUCAGUCCCCCUGGAGGACCAUGUCAUCUACUCGGGCAACCUCUUCCAGUACAUCGAGGAGAACAAGAAGUGGAGGAACCGCUUCUGUGUGGUCCCACACAACUACGGCUUGGUCCUCUACGAGAACAAACUGGCUUAUGAGCGGGACCUGCAGCCCCGUGUGCUGAUCAACAGUGCUGGCUACAAGGUCCUCACCUCUGUGGAGCAGUACCUGGAGCUGGUGAACAGCAGCCUGCCUGGUGUGACCCCCAAGUCGGGACAGUCCCCCAUCCUGAAGUGCCCCACGGAUUUCCCCCUCAUCCUCUGGCACCCCUAUGCCCGCCACUACUACUUCUGUGUGAUGACAGGGAAGGAGCAGGAGAAGUGGAAAGCAGUUUUCCAGGACUGUGUCCGGCACUGCAACAACGAGUAUCCUAUCUCAGAUGCUGUCUAUAGGAUGGUGUACGAGCAGACCAAGGCCCAGUAUGAUGCAGUAGUGGCCAAGUGUGAAGAGGAGAGGCCCCAGAUGGAGAGCACCAUCCGCACCGACAUGGACCAGAUCAUCACCUCCAAGGAGCACUUGGCCAGCAAGAUCCGAGCAUUCGUCCUCCCCAAAGCAGAGAUCUGUGUCCGUAACCACGUCCAGCCCUACAUCUCCUCCAUCCUGGAGGCCCUGAUGACCCCCACGAGCCAGGGCUUUGCUGAGGUGAGGGAGGUGUUCUUCAAGGAGGUGACGGACAUGAACAUGAACGUGGUCAACGAAGGUGGCCUGGAGAAGCUGCCAGAGUACAUGGAGAAGCUUUCCCACCUGGCCUUCCACCCUGUCAAGAUGCAGUCGUGCUAUGAGAAGAUGGACCAGCUGAAGCUGGAGGGUCUCCAGCAACGGUUCGAUGUGUCCAGCACGUCUGUCUUCAAGCAGAGGGCCCAGAUCCACAUGAGACAGCAAAUGGACGAUGCCGUGUACACGUUUGAGACGCUGCUGCACCAGGAGGUGGGGAAGCUGCAGGGCAGUGACAACCUGUGCAAGUCCAUCCAGCGCAUCCUGGAGAGGGUGCUCAAGAAAUACGACUACGACAGCAGCACUGUGAGGAAGAAGUUCUUCAGGGAGGCCCUGCUGCAGAUCACCAUCCCCUUCCUCUCAGCCAGCUCUUCCCCACGGCAGGAAUUAGCCAAGUUCCAGGAGCUGAUCUUCGAGGACUUUGCUAACUUCAUCCUGGUGGAGAACACGUAUGAGGAGGUGGUGCUGCAGUCGGUGAUGAAAGACAUCAUGCAAGGAACACAAGCCAAUGACUGA